GCAACAAGAAGAUCUUAUACUCAACAACUUCUUGAGAGAAAUGGAUAACUUGAAUGUUUUUGCAAAUGAAGACAAUCAAGUGAAUGUUGUGAAGCCCCCACCACGAGUGUGCCCAAGGUGUUAUUCCGAUCAAACAAAAUUCGGCUACUUCAACAACUACAAAACGUCUCAACCACGCUACAAAUGCAAGGACUGUCGUAGAUACUGGACUCAUGGUGGAGCUUUAAGGAACAUACCAAUCGGUGGAAGUUGCCGUAAAUCCAAGCUUCCAAAGAUAGAUCAAUCUUCAGUUUCUCAAAUGACUUCUGUUGCGAUUCAACCAGGUAAUCAUCAACCUCUCAACGAAAAUCAAGAAAACAUUUCAGUUAGUGCUUCUUCUUCUUCUGCUGCUGCUAUUGGGAACCAUUUCGGUUAUUUUAGUGAACUGCAUGGAGUAACAAAUUUGUCUCCAACUCGAAGUUUUCUAACAAUGGAUCACUUAGAUUUUGGUGACGAAUCAUUUCAACAAGAUUUAUAUGAUGUUGGUUCUAAUGAUUUGAUUGCAAAAGCGAGUAGACGCGGAGGAUCUUCGGACACUGAGAUGAACAAGAUCAGAAACAUCACUGGGGAAGGAUUCUCUUUCAUUAGCUCCUCCUCCUUAGAUGUCAUCUUGUCUAUCGUGCUCUAUCUUCAGAAGGUUGUCGUGGUCCUUGUUCCGAUAUGGCCUCUGGGUUGUGGUUGGAGUCUUCCGGCGCGUGGAUCUGAGGAGAUGUUUGGUGGUGGCCGUAGGAGGUCUGGUAGUGCACAAGGAGACAUAAGUGAGCAAGAUUUUUUCUCCUAUGGCGGAGGUGUGGUUUCUCUCCCUGUCUAGGCAGUUAUGGAUUCGAUUGGGAGGGCGUGAUGGUCGGUUGGUCGAGCAAGAUUUGGUUUGACGACGCAAGAGGGUUCAUUUUGG